AUGGGGUCUGGCUUAGAUAGCCUGAAGAGAAAACCCUUGUCAAAAGAGUCGGAAUUCUAUGGAGUUUUAGAUCUGCCUAAUAUACGACGGGUUUGCUUUGGAGCAUAUGAAUUUGACACAUGGUACGGAAAUGCCGCUUAUUUUGCCUCAGAUCGAGAACUUGGAACUUCGGUAUCACUGAUAAGUGCAAAUGGAGUAGAAAAUAAGUCCAAGAGUCGGAAAAGAAGCGUUACGGAGCGUGUGAAAACACUGGAACUCGAUAAAUCCUCACCCUAUUGGUUAGAUAAACUUUAUGUUUGCGAUUAUUGUUUCAAAUACACCGAUGUUGAACUGAAUUGGCAAUCACAUCGAGCUUCUUGUAGAUAUGCUACCGACAUACCACCCAUUGGGACAUUGAUGUAUAAGGAUGUCUACACUCCGUAUAUAAUCACUAGGGUUAGAGGAUUUAAAGAUGAACUUUUUGCCCAAAAUUUGUGUCUCUUUGGGAAACUUUUCCUUGAUAACAAAUCUGUAUAUUAUAACGUUGAUCAGUUUGAUUUUUAUAUCAUUUAUGGACAAGAUGAUCAUCUGACAUCUCAUAACACUCCUCAUUUCAAACCAAUGGGGUUUUUCUCAAAAGAAGUGACUGCUUGGGAUAGUGACAAUAAUCUUGCCUGUAUAUGUGUAUUUCCACCAUAUCAAAGAAGAAGACUUGGGUCCUUAUUGAUUGAAUUUCUGUAUGAACUAGCUGCGGUCACCCCGGGACAAGCUCUAAGUGGGCCUGAAUUCCCAUUGUCACCAUAUGGUAAACUUAGUUACCUAAGGUUUUGGUCCAAACGAUUGGCUGUGAUUCUUUAUGACAUGGUUCUGGCCAAGGUUACAAAAUUUAAUUUAACUGAAUUAGCCAAAGUAACAGGUUUCAGAAAGGAAGAUAUUUUAAUGACACUAGAAUUUAUGGAAACUUUAUGUGACUCUAGUUCCAACUCAAAAGAUAAUAUCGUAGAGUUUUCCAGUGUUAAUUUGGGAGUAUGGUGUAAAGAAAAUAAAGUUAAUGUUAAUGAGGAGAGUCGAAUGUUGAAUACAGAAUUCUUGAUCCUAUAA